GGAACCCCAAGAUGGCGGAGGCGGGAAAAGAGCAGGCGGGCUUGGGCCUCCCCGGAGGAGGUGCGGCGCAGUGGCCUCUGCAGCGCUAUGGCCGCUUCAUUCCCUCAGGCGCUGGAGAGUCGCCCGGGCCUGGCCUGGAACCUGGGACAGCCUCUUCUCUCACGUGGAAGGUUUUUGAGUCCAAUGAAGAAUCUGGUUAUCUUGUUCUCACCAUAGUUAUAUCAGGUCAUUUCUUCAUUUCCCAAGGACAGACACUACUGGAAGGGUUUUCACUCAUUGGUAGCAAGAACUGGUUGAAGAUCGUAAGACGCAUGGAUUGUCUGUUGUUUGGAACAACAAUAAAGAACAAGAGUCGCAUGUUCCGGGUACAGUUUAGCGGAGGGUCAAAGGAGCAGGCGCUGGAACACUGUUGCAGCUGUGUGCAGACCCUGGCCCAGUACCUCACUGUCCAGGUGCCCGACGGAAUCCGCCAGGACCUCCGGCUGAGUCCUGCCCCACUGAGGCCAGGUGAAAGCCAAAGGGUGGGCUGUGCGCAGAGCGUCCCACUGCCUCAUGGAUCACACCCGAUCUCGGAGCAGCAGCAGUGUGGACCAGGCGGCACAAGCGUGCCAGGAGGAAGGACCUCAGUGGCCUGCUUAGCUCAGUCUCUCCUGGCGUCGGAGGAGCUGCCCCUUGUCUGUGAACAGUCUGCGUGGAGUGCGCAAGAGUUAGGCCCCUUUCUGCGCUUGUGCCUCAUGGAUCAGAACUUCCCAGCGUUCGUGGAAGAGGUGGAAAAGGAGCUAAAGAAGCUGACAGGGUUGAGAAAUUAACACUCUAUGUACAUACAGAAUUAAGGAACGCGAAGGCACUGAAAAAAUGCUUCCUCCUAAGAUUAGAAAAGAUACUAGAAUAAAGAGUCUUAUUUCAAACACCUUUUAUCAAUGUUUUAUUUUUAAAAACAGGUGAAUCCACUUUUUUAUACAUCAUUGCACUUCAACAAUUACACAAAACACAAGUACAUGCAUCUAUGGGUACGCACUGCGUGAGAACCCUGCCGGGUGAGAAAGUUUACACUCAACCAUUAAAUCAAUGUGAAAAAAUACAGUGUCAACCCCAAGUCUAACUAGUUGCAUAGAAUACCAUGCUAUAACAUUUCAAGGUCAUUGAAAACAAAAGGUAAAUUAUAAAAGUUUGCCUUAAUUGAAUGUACAAUAAGGUUCGACACAUCAGUGCAAAAGGAUUUAAGAAUUUACAUGAGUUAACAAAAGAAUCACUUAAAAAGCAAUCAUACAUAUAUACUGCAAUUCAUUAUAUCCAUUCAGUGGACUGUUCCAGCUUCUUAUCAAAGUCGUAGGUUAAGCCCUUAAAAUUAUAGAUUUCAGUUUAUAUUACUCAUCUUUAUGUACCAGACCACACAAUUUCCUCAUCUGACAACAUACAAUAAGGAAUGACUAUCAGCAGCUUAGAAAUGAAACAAGCAUUUAUUUUAUUUUGGAUUUCUCCCACCCCCAAAAAUAUAAAUAUAUAUAUAUUUAUAUACUGUAUAUAUCUGUAGGUUUUGCUGUACUUUACAAAAAUGUAUCACUAGAUGGCAGCAGUGCAUUUUAGAGCUUUGCCAAUUUAACAGCUGCAUUAAGUAAAAAAUGGUGCAUGCAUGAUCCGAUCCUCAGAGGACCUUUACACUUCUAUUUAAAUAUUUUAACAAAGGAAAAAAAAAA